AUGUCUAAUUCAGAUCAAGGCACUAAAUGGACUAGCAGCAGCCAUGGAGCUCUGAAUAAAACAGCCAAUUCCUCCCCCAUGACUUUCCCCAGGACCAUGAGCUCCCUGAGGACAGGAUCUCCAGUGUUCGGCACAGGGCAACGAAGUUACCAGCCAGGGAUGCUUAAGAUCACUUCCAAUGAACUUGACCACUGCCCUGCUGCAGCCCUGCACCCCAAGAGGGAAAAGCUAACUGGGCCUACGAUGCUUCCUGCAGCUGGAGAAAUUUCAGGCAAAUACUGGGAUGAACACAAAAGGGUGAGUGAGAUGUUGGGGUAG